AAAUUAGGCUGUGUGCAGGAGGAAGUAUCACCAUGACGACAAGGGUUAUCUUUGUUCACCAUGUGUUUCCUGUCUAAGUGAGGUGUUUAGUGCAGGGGAUAUAACAGAUCUACUACAGCUAACACUCAAGAGGUGCCACUUCAUUGUUUAAUGUGCUCAUGUUAAGUGUGGAGGGCUUUGGGGCUGCCACUAUGGUGCUGUGAUUCGGGGGUUUAGGAUUCAGUGAUGGCAGGGAUAUGGUCAGAGGUCUGGACAUUGUACCUCAUAUUGGCAUUUGGUACUCCAGACCCCUCACCAGCACCCCAAGAGAAACUUGACUUCAGAAGAGUCUUCUUGGGUUUGGAUAAAUGCAACGCCUGCAUUGGGACAUCCAUUUGCAAGAAGUUUUUCAAGGAUGAAAUAAGGUUUGAAAGAUGGCUGACUGCUCAGUCUAAUCUCUCCUCAGCAGAUGUGCGCUCAUAUGAGGGAAACUAUACAGACAGCACAGCGGGCUGGAGACCUGUGGUGCUAUCCUACGUGAUGUCUCCUCACCUGCACCAGAUAUCAGACAAUAGCAUUUGCACCUCAGCAGGCAAAGGGAAAUCCUGCAGCAUUGAAGCAGUCCUCAGGGCCACUUCACGCUUCCAGAGUUGGGUCCACUCCAACCUACUACUUCCCAGCAUGGUGAAGGGUCUGGUCACCCCGAUGCUGCGCUGUCCAUCUCAGAGGCUGCUGGACCGCAUUGUGCGACGUUACUUUGAAGUGACUGAUGUGGGAAGCGUGCAGAUGAAGCACUUCAGUGAAAAGGACAAGCUCAGACUUCUUUAUACCCUGGCUGUCAAUCAACAACCUCUCAUACUGCAGAUGUUUCCAGGCACGGAGGGCUGGCCCUUCCUCCGCUACCAUGGCUCCUGUGGAAGGAUGAUGGUCUGGGCAGGGAGCAAACCCCUCAGGAGCCUGUUUUCCUCUCCGCUGGAGCGCCGCGCUGACAUUGCCUACCAGCUUCUUCACAUCACCCUGAGCCUGAGCUCCAACAGCCUCCAGUUCAGCCUCUUCUACACCAGCCUCUCAGAGGACAUGUUUGGUACCUUGGAUGAUAGCAGGGUCUUCAUUGUGGAUGCCAGUACCAUAGGGAUUAUCGACUUGCAGGAAGGAUAUCCUCCUGAUGAAGACAUGCAACCAGAACACCUCGAUGUCUUCUCCUGUCUCAGUGGAUCUUGUGAGAGACCUCCUCCAUGUGAGACUGUUCGAGCCGCACAGAGUUUUAUCUUACUUUGCAAACAUGUCAUUAACAAUCUGCUCAUGCCUAAUGAUGUGCAGUCAGGUCUUCUUCCCAAAGAAGCCGUCAGUGCGCUUGCUAUCUGUGCAGACCAAUCUCAGUCUGACCAACGAAUAAUUGCUGCCACAAACCUUAAAAACAUUUUACAGACAUUAAGGCCAUGCAGCGCUCUCUAUGGAUACAGGUAUCCUGAAUGCCUCUAUAAUGACAGGUUCUAGACCAAAACUACCCACCUAAAGGGAUAGUUCACCCAGAAAUUAAAAUUGUGUCAACUUUUACACACCCUCACAUGGUUUCCAAACUGGUAUGACUUUCUUUAUUCUAUGGAACAUAGAAAAUAUUUAAAACUAAGUGUUUUUUUUUUCCUUUUCUCGUCCAUCCAUUGGAAGUCAAUGGUCUCCAUUUGUUUGCUUCUUCAAAAUAUAUUUUAUGUUCAGCAGAAGGUGGUUGUACAGGUUUGGAAUGAUAAGACUGAGUAAAUGACAGAAUUUUAACUUUUAGGGGGACCAUCCAUUUAAGGCACUUUACUGACUGCAUAAAGGUAUGAACCUGGCAGCAUGGCAAUAUGGAAUACAGCACUUAAGUUUUUUUUUAAUGAAAUGGACUGUGUAAUCUCAUCAGUAUAUAUCCAGUGAAGGAUCUUUAUGUUAUCAAAGCACAGCUGAAAAACAAACCUUGAGACAUAUGCAAAAAAUAAAUAAAUUGGUCUAUUCAAAUUGCAAAAAUAUUAUAACUCACAGACGAGACAAGGAAUUUCAUCACAAAAGAAUAUUUUAAUUACAAAGACAACUCUGAUUAGUAACCCAUAAACCAUAUCAAUCUUCAUGUUUCUGUACAAUACUUGCUAAGCGGUUUUAUUCAUGUAUAGAAAAUGUAAAAAGAGAAAUGUUCAAAAUGACAUUACUCCAUAAAAUUUAAUGGCAGGAACUCUGAAAAAAAAUAACAGCAUUCCAUCAACAAAUAUUUUCAAGCAAUAAAUAUUUAUAAAUAGUGUAAAUUUACAAC